GUGUUGAAGGAUACGCUGGCGGCUCGAGGGUCGCUGGACCAGAUCAAAGCUCGCAUUCGAGCCGAGAUCUUCGCGGCGCUGGACGACCAGGAUGUGCCCAAGCCCAAACUGUCGAACGAGAAUUUGAUUAUCAACGAGCUCAUUCGCGAGUACUUCGAGUACAACGGGUAUCGCCACGCUCUGUCGGUUUUCCUACCAGAGUCCGGGCAGCCAGCCGAGAAGCCGUUUGACCGCCAGUUCCUGUCGAGCGAGCUAAAUAUGACGGAGGAUCCGCGCUUCACACACGUGCCUCUGCUCUACAGUAUGGUGGCGAGUUUACAGCAAAGU